AUUACGGUACCUCUUUCGCCAUAGUAGAAUAUCAUGAGUAUGCUGGAGAGUAGAGAGUAGAGAAGUAAAGAGAAGUAUAGAAUUGAAUAGAAUAUAUGAUGUGCACACUGUAAACAAGUCAGAGAUGCAGUAGCUCAUGUGUACAUGGUAUGUGGAAUGGCGGGCAGCAGCCCAACAAGCGGCGGGCAGUUGGGGCAUAUCCAAUGGUGGAGGACGACAAUUUUUGGGUGGAGCGGCCUUUUUGUAGAACAGCUCAUCGUCUUCCACUUUUCCUCUCUUCUGCCACUCUCCUCAUCUUCUCAUCUUCUUUCCUCUCCAUCUUCAUUUAUCCUCAUCUUAUUGUACAGUCUCCCUGUUGGGUGUCAAGUCACGGAGGAUCCCUUCUCAAUCUCACUCUCUCCUCUCAAUUCGAAUCCUUUCUCUCUAUCCUCGUGACGACGGGCUCUUCCUCUCGAUUCCUCCUUUGUACAUCUUAUCACCAUCCUCUUUAUCCUCCGAUCUUGAUAUUCCCCGUCUACGCUCAACACGGGUUUGACCACGUCUUACGCAUAUAUCGCAUGGAAGGAAGCACAUAAUCUUUAAUACCCGCAAUUAUUUCUACGAUAAACGACACCAUGGGCGUCCCCAAUGGAACCAGGCCUGAAAUCCCUUCGCAUUUCAUCGGUGGAAACCAUCUCGAGGCCGCUUCCCCGAGUUCGGUCAAGGACUUUGUGGCCCAGCAUGACGGCCACUCGGUUAUCAGCUCAGUCCUGAUUGCCAACAACGGUAUCGC